CCUGCGGGGACGUACUUUCUCUGCACGUGGAAAUCUCCGUUAUUUUCUAACACCCAAGACUGGGGUGAUGAGAGUAGUAGGGUUAACGUCACUUCUGUCCCAGAGGAUGUAAACUUUGUAUGGCCCUCCUCACAUGCUUUCCCCCGGCCGUCACUAUUUGGUACGCUCCAACCUAUGAUCUGCUCUCGCCGCGGAGAAGGGAGCCGAGUCUUUCCUCUCUUCCCGGCGCGGCCGCUGCCCCCAGCCCAGGCAGAAUAAUGGCGACAGCUGAGGUACUGAAUAUUGGUAAGAAACUCUAUGAGGGUAAAACAAAAGAAGUUUAUGAAUUGCCAGAUAGUCCAGGAAAAGUCCUCCUGCAGUCCAAGGACCAGAUAACAGCAGGAAAUGCAGCCAGAAAGAAUCACCUGGAAGGAAAAGCUGCAAUCUCAAAUAAAACUACCAGUUGUAUUUUUCAGUUGUUAAAGGAAGCAGGUAUCAAAACUGCUUUCACCAGAAAAUGUGGGGAGACAGCUUUCAUUGCACCUAAGUGUGAAAUGAUUCCAAUUGAAUGGGUCUGUAGAAGAAUAGCAACUGGUUCUUUUCUCAAAAGAAAUCCUGGUGUCAAGGAGGGAUAUAAGUUCUACCCACCUAAAGUGGAGCUGUUUUUCAAGGAUGAUGCCAACAAUGAUCCACAGUGGUCUGAGGAACAGCUAAUUGCUGCAAAAUUUUGCUUUGCUGGACUUGUUAUAGGCCAAACUGAAGUGGAUAUCAUGAGUCAUGCUACACAGGCUAUUUUUGAAAUAUUGGAGAAAUCCUGGUUGCCGCAGAACUGUACAUUGGUUGAUAUGAAGAUUGAAUUUGGUGUUGAUAUAACCACCAAAGAGAUUGUUCUUGCUGAUGUUAUUGAUAAUGAUUCCUGGAGACUCUGGCCAUCAGGAGAUCGAAGCCAACAGAAAGAUAAACAGUCAUAUCGUGACCUAAAGGAAGUAACUCCCGAAGGGCUCCAGAUGGUGAAGAAAAAUUUUGAGUGGGUUGCAGAAAGAGUGGAGUUGCUUCUGAAAUCAGAAAGUCAGUGCAGAGUUGUAGUAUUGAUGGGCUCAAUUUCUGAUCUCAGUCACUGUGAAAAAAUAAAGAAGGCUUGUGGAAAUUUUGGCAUUCCAUGUGAACUUCGGGUAACGUCUGCCCAUAAAGGGCCAGAUGAAACUCUGAGGAUUAAAGCAGAAUAUGAAGGGGAUGGCAUUCCUACUGUAUUUGUGGCAGUGGCAGGCAGAAGCAAUGGUUUAGGACCAGUGAUGUCUGGUAACACCGCAUACCCAGUUAUCAGCUGCCCUCCACUUACUCCAGACUGGGGAGCUCAGGAUGUGUGGUCUUCUCUUCGACUACCCAGUGGUCUUGGCUGUUCAACCAUACUUUCUCCAGAAGGAUCAGCUCAGUUUGCUGCUCAGAUAUUUGGAUUAAACAACCAUUUGGUAUGGGCUAAGCUGCGAGCAAGUAUAUUGAACACAUGGAUUUCCUUGAAGCAGGCUGACAAGAAAAUCCGAGAGGGCAAUUUGUAAAACAUCAUUGCUUCUUUUUUUUUUUAAGAAAAACUUUACAUUUCUUGUUUAGUUUCAGAAAAAGAUCAAGGUGAAAGUUUUUAAAUCAAAACAAUAAAAUUUACUAGUGAAUAAGUGAUUCUCUAGAUUGAUGGAUCAGUAGACUCCAUGGACAUAUUAAUAUUUCUUUAUAGGAAGUGAAAUUACUGUAAGGACACUUUUUAAAUCUCUUAGCUACUGUAUGGUCACAAGUAGUUAACCAAUACAUUUCUUAAUUGCUAAUAAUGUCCUAUUAUAGAGCUCUAAACUACUAUUUGACCAUCUGUAUCUCAACCCGUAAGUUUUAAAAAGUUAAAAUGUUUGUAUCUUAGAGAGAUAAGAGCAAUAUAGUCCUCUUUUACAUUAUGAUCUUUACAAAAUCCUAAGGGUGUGGUGUUUUAUUUGCAGUCUGUAUCUCAAAAUAGAUGUGUAUUUAUCCCCACCUAUAGACCAAGAUGCUGUUUUGUUCUGCAUUUAUUUGUUUGUUUAGAGUUGAUAUGGGUGUUGGGAGUAGGGAGGACACAUGAAAUAAGAUGAAGGGAUACUGUGGAAACCAUAAAUAGGGGCCUUUUCCGAGAGCUUCUCUGAUGGAUGUCAGGGCAAUUUCCCACGGAGAAAAAAAAAGGUAGAGUCAUCUUUGUCAUUCCAGAUGAAAGAAUUGGUAAAUCUUACUUAGCUAUAAUGGGUACCUCUGUGGAUC